AUGGAUACCAACAAAGACGAAUGCGAUGUUUAUGGCGAACCGUCAUCAAUUUCAAGCUAUGACGAUAACCUAUAUUGGGAAGAUAUCCCCGAUGCCUUGGGUGAAGACAAGCCGUCAUCGUCGUUUUGGAGCAGUCCCCCAGAGACGUCCAAAGACUGGUAUUCAAAUGACUCUUCCGACGAGUAUUCGGGCGAUCAGCUGCAAAAGCCCUAUGCCAUCAUUUCACAAUGUAUGCUCCAUCCGCUUAUUGUAGACGACCAAGAAGGCAUGUCUUCUACCCCUUUGAGAGACGAUGACGAUGAUGAUGAUGUUAUUGAUGACUCCUCGAUAUCUGGGGCCGAUUGCAAAAUAUACACAGAAUCGAUAUCGUUGUAUUUGGCAAAAAAUCUGAUUCCCCUCGCCAAGGAGCUGCAAAAGGAGGAAGAUAUUUUGCUUGUGCUUUCACACAUUGACACGUUUUAUAUGGACUCUUCGGAGCUUAUCAGACUGGAGUCGGUUUCGCAUCUGUACGAAUUUGGGGUGAUCAUCCUAAGGAAAGCCAUUUCUCUCUCUAAUGCCAACAGCCACAAUGACAUCAUCGCUGCGAUUGUGCAAACCAUAUUUCCUCUAGGCCUUAAUUUAUUUUUGGACACAUCUGAUAUUAUUGUGGAGUGCGCCUGUGAAAACGUUUCGCUGCUGCUGCUUCAGUUUGACCUGAAUUUGUUCUCGACAUACCUGAUGCCGCUCAUUGAUGAACUGUCGAUCUCCAUACAUGAGGAGAACCUACUUGUAGCCUCGAAAUUGAUAGGCAAUGUGUGCAAGCAAUUUAAAUUGAAAAAAAGUGAGGGAAAAUCCUUUUUUUUGGACGUUGUUGAGGAAAAAUUCAUCCCAGUCAUAAGGUCCUUUUCCACAAAGGCCUUCAAGGUCAGGGAGUCUGUGAUUGAGACGAUCUGUCAGCUUGCAUCCAUCAUGGCUCCCGAUAAAGCCGAACAAGACCUUUUGUUUAUCUUUUCUCGCUUGUGCGAUGACUCUUUGUGGAAUGUUCGAAAAUCUGCUGCAAUCCAUCUGCCAGCCUUUUCUUCCGUCCUAGGCAAGGAGUGCAAGAUAAACAACAUCCUUCCAAUUGUCCAAAGUCUGCUUAAUGAUGUUUCUAGACUCGUUCGCAUGGCUAUAAAUAAUAAUCUUGGCCCGCUGAUUUAUUCGUUCCGCAACUGUGGAGCUAUUCCAGAGCCCUUGAUUUCUGCCUUUGUUGAUUGUAUCCCGGUCCCUGGAUUUAACUCCUCGUCAUUUAGAGGGGCCGAAACGGAUACCAUUGCUAUCUCGUGUGCUUUCAACCUUCCAGCGGUUGUCUUUUCAAUCGGCCCCGAAAAUUGGAACCGCUAUUUGAAAGGGCCAUUUUCUUCGCUUGCAAAGCACUGCGAUUGGAGGAUUAGGCGUCCCAUUUCUUUUGCGCUCUAUGAGAUCGCAAAAUUGCUGCCACCCUCCUCAAUUACAGAAGACAUUGUUCCAAUUUUUUCAAUCUACAUCAAUGACAUUGAUCAAGUAAAGCUUGGCGUUCUUCAAAAUUUGUCCAAUCUUUUUUCGAUAUUCACCUAUGCCCAGUCGAAGCCUUUUCUUUCCAACCUUAUUUUGCUAGUUGAAGAUUCGGGGAUAAACUGGAAAUACAGAGCCUUCAUUGCAAGGUAUGGUCACCUUGAAUUGAUCUUUUAG